GCUACAGAUGUUCACAGAGCAACAGAAGAAACAAGACGUGUAACUGAGGGUCCAAGCAACAACGGAGCUCUACAGUAUCUGACGUGAGACCUGCGGACGAUGCAGCUGGUUGUCAUGGCAGCAGUGCUGGCACUGGCGGGGGCGGGGCCGGGCUGCCACUCCGACUGUCAUCUGACCAGCAUCAGCAUCCCUGUGGAGAGCUGCGGCCGCACCGAGUACAUCUACACCACCAUAUGUGAAGGACAGUGUUACCACAAGGAUCCGGUCUACAUCGGCCCUGAUGACUGGGCUGAACAGAAAGUCUGCAACGGGGACUGGACCUAUGAGGUGAAACACUUCCAAGGAUGUCCAGUGGGCGUCACCUACCCUGUGGCCAGAAACUGCAAGUGCACGGCGUGUAACGCAGGAAACACGUACUGCGGGCGCUUUCCUGGAGACAUAUCCAGCUGUCUGUCCUUUUAAAGAAACCUGUCCGUCCUACAUUGACUUAUUAUC